AUGGAGAGGCAGAAAGGCUUAAGUAAUGGGAUAUAUAGGAGGACGUAUCCCGACGAAAUAAACGAAGAUUUUCGUUUAGAGAUAAACGAUAUAAUUGCGGAUUUUGUAAUGCAAAACGAUAUGAGAUCCUACAAAUUACCGGAACUACAAGCCGACAAAGUACUGUACGUAUCUAAGCAGAUUCCCAGACAGUUUUUGUUCACAGAUAUCGUAGACAACCAAAUAUCUUUAAUAAAACGUCUGAACAACAUCCAAUUCCAAUAUGAUAUCUCCGAAAAAGCUAGAAGCAUCUUGAAUGAAAUGCAAAUUCUUACCGUCGUGAUGCCACAGUGCAAAAAGACCGGAAGGAAUCCAAGAAACGUUGAGAAUCUCGUGGGAAAGUUUUGCCUGAGCCCGAUGCGUUUCCUAAUCCCAGAACCAACGGAGAUGCGGGAAAUUCCGGAACAGAUACCAAUUACUGCAUACAAGUCGUACAUUUUAGGUAAAAUCUCCGCAUCAUCGAAUGUUUUGAUUGCGGGAUGUUCAGGGAGAGCAAUUUACGUUCCAAAAUUCAUAUUGGAAGAUGCAUGCAAAACAAAAAGUUCCGUCAACAUAAUUUGUUCACAGCCUAAUAGGUUGUCUACGAUUCUAGUGGCAGAGAGAGUUGCUGCUGAUAGAGGAGAGAAAGUUGGAGAGACAGUAGGUUAUCAGGUUAACUUGGAAGGGAAGGUCGGCUCUCAAACUUCAUUGAUUUACUGCACGAACGAUAUAUUGUUGAAGAACUUCAUGUUCAACCAUGAAUGCCUGAAGAAUAUUUCGCAUUUGAUUCUUGAUGAAAUUCAGGAGAGGGACAAGAACACCGACAUGAUUUUACUUUGCUUGAAGAAUGCCAUGACUAUCUUUCCUAAAUUGAAGGUCAUUUUAAUGACGGCUGCUUUGGAUGUUGAACUUUUAGUCAAUUACUUUGACAAUUUAAAUGUGAUACAAAUAACCGAACAAUGUACCGCGUCUGAUUUGUAUUUGGAAGAGAUCAUUGACAACUUAAAUGAUUUACAAGACUGUUCCGAAAAUGAUGAUGAAUCGAAGAAUACAGUGGGUAAAAGGUUGCUGGAGGACUAUUAUAGUACAGGAAAUGAUAAAAGUAUUGAUGAGCUUCUGAAUAUGAUUGUAAAUAAAGAAGUAUCCAUCAAUAUAGUUGCUGAUAACAAUGUUACUCCUUUUAUCGCUGCAGUAAAGCAUGAUAAUGUACAUUACGUCGAGAAGAUGCUUGAAUUGGGUGCCAACGGCUUGAUUCUGGAAGAAUUAAAUUCUUUAAAUAUUCUUCCCAGUAAUCAAAUGCUUAAAAUUUUAGAGCAAUUAGACGAAACAAAUUGUCUCCAUACCAAAUCAAAUAUAAAUCGUCCUUUCGGUUUUAAUCUUCUCAAGGGCAUUAUUGAAUAUAUCGAAGGCUUGGGUCAACUUGGAUCGAUCCUCAUCUUCCUGCCUAGUAUUGAUGUCAUAGAUCAAUGUCACAGGCAUUUGAAAAACAUGGACAAUUACAGAAGUUUUAAAUUAUACACCGUACAUAAUAACGUAAAUUAUAAAGAUCUCGCAGGUUUAUUUGAACCCUCGCAUUCGGGAAUUCGUAAGAUUAUUUUAACAACGAAAAUUUCUGAAACUUCGAUUUCUUAUAAUGAUGUAGCUUUCGUUAUUGACGACGGAAUCGAAACUACAGACCGUUUAGAUGCAAAUAUAUGUCUUCAAAGUAUUGUCCUGAAAAAGAAGCAAGAGUCAAUUGCAAUGUAUUUAAUGCAGCUCAUAGAACCACCACCACUGAAUGUGAUCCAAGAAGCUAUACUCUCGCUCUAUGAUCUAGGCGCCAUAAAUCCCAACGAAAACUUGACGACUUUGGGCGAUUUCCUUGUGAAAUUUCCUACUCAACCGCAAUUAUCUAAGAUGUUGAUUUACUCGUGCAUUUUCGAAUGCCUAGAUCCGAUUUUGACUUUUGUCGCCAUGUCUCAUAAUUAUUUUAGCUACUUCGCCUCAAAAACUGAGUUAAACUUGUUGGACGAUAAUGGUCAUAGCGAUCAUGUGAUUCUUAUAAAAUUAUUCCAAAAGUGGCAGAUGAAUAAAAUCAAGCAGAUUAAUCCUGGAUCUGUAAUAAGUACUGCAGUGAUGGAAUCAGUGAUGUCGACCCGAUCGGAACUGUUGACCCAAUUGAGGGCUUUAGGAUUCGUAAACACCACCCACGUCGACACUAUGGCUUUACUGAAUAACAAUUCUAGCUGUUGGCCUAUGGUAAAAUUUUGUAUUGUGGCAGGAAUGUUCCCGAAUAUCGCCACUUUCGUCGAUGAUUAUCUAUGCUCAACUCAAAACAAGAUCAAAGUUGAUGAAUCUUCAGUACUCGCCAAGAACAAACAAAACUCCAACAGUUGGUUUGUUUUCCAACGGAUUAACAAAGUACUGAACUAUAGUUACGUAAAGUAUUUAACUGCAGUCAAUCCUUUAACUGUCGCUUUAGUUUACCGCAUCUGGAAUCGUCGUAAAGAGUUGAAUAUUAAUUUCAAUGGUAUUAACAUUGAGAUUUUGCAGAACAACUUAGAUUACAUAAUUUACAAGAAAUUGAAUUACCCUCGCUCUCGUUAUAGUCACGGAGAGAAGACUUUUAUAAACUUAGUAUCUCAAAUUGUCUCUGCCGAAGACGUUGAAUACGAAAUGAAGCAACCCGAAAAUGUAGGACAAAGACCAGCGUUUUUAGACAUUAGACACAAUGUUGAAAGCGGCUCAUAUGUGCCAGCUUGCUUUAGGAGUAACAGAUUUGUGAAUUUGAAACCUUCUACAAACGUUGUUCAGAAAGAGAUCAAGAAAAAAUCAAACGAUUCUUUGGAAUAUCGCAGCGAUUACUUAUUUUUAUUCCCCGAAAACGCUUACUACGUUAUUAUAAAACCAAUCGAAAUUAAGAGCGUCUUGAUUAGCAUGAAGCAGAACGUCUGGACGUUCUCUCCGCAAACAGAAAAGAAAUUGAUGGAAGUUUUUGGAGCGGGACAAACAAUUAUUUUGAUAUUCACUGUACGUAGUACCAUGACUUUCCAAGGAAUUGCUAAGCUACUGAGCACUAAUUUUGGGGAGCAAAGUCGUUCUUGCAGAAUUAAUUGGAUCAGCAAGACCAACAUGCAGUAUCAAGAAGUCAAAUCGUUUAUACAUCCUAGGAUCCAUUUGACUGAAGACGGUCAACAGUUGGAUUCUAAUUUGGGUAGGCGAUUGUGCAUUUCUAUGGUUUUGGAUAAAUCUUCGGAUAUCACUAAUCCAUAUUUGAAACGUGCAAUUUUAGGUAAUAAUCGCAGUGAAAAUGCUGCUAAUUUUGAGUAA